AUUGUGAUUUUUUUUUUUCUCUUGCAGGUUUUGGCCUGGUUUGAAGAAGGUGAAGAAACAAUCACAGCAUUUGUAGAACCUUUUGUAAUACUACUUAUAUUAGUAGCCAAUGCAAUUGUAGGUGUGUGGCAGGAAAGAAAUGCUGAAAAUGCAAUUGAAGCUCUUAAGGAAUAUGAACCUGAAAUGGGCAAAGUAUAUCGACAAGACCGAAAAAGUGUACAAAGGAUUAAAGCAAGAGACAUUGUCCCUGGUGAUAUUGUGGAAGUAGCUGUUGGUGACAAAGUUCCUGCUGAUAUAAGAAUUACUUCUAUCAAAUCUACAACUCUAAGGGUAGACCAGUCAAUUCUGACAGGUGAAUCUGUGUCUGUUAUUAAGCAUACUGAUCCUGUGCCUGAUCCUCGUGCUGUGAACCAAGAUAAGAAGAACAUGCUUUUUUCUGGUACUAACAUUGCUGCUGGUAAAGCUAUGGGAGUGGUUGUAGCAACAGGCGUGAACACUGAAAUUGGCAAAAUUCGUGAUGAGAUGGUGGCUACUGAACAAGAGAGAACACCACUCCAACAGAAACUGGAUGAGUUUGGAGAGCAGCUAUCCAAAGUCAUCUCACUCAUUUGCAUUGCUGUCUGGAUAAUCAACAUAGGUCACUUCAAUGAUCCAGUUCAUGGUGGUUCAUGGAUUCGAGGCGCUAUCUACUACUUUAAAAUUGCUGUUGCUCUUGCUGUUGCUGCUAUCCCAGAGGGUCUGCCUGCUGUUAUUACCACAUGCUUGGCCCUAGGAACCCGCAGAAUGGCCAAGAAGAAUGCUAUUGUUCGAAGUCUGCCAUCCGUUGAAACGUUGGGUUGCACAUCUGUUAUUUGUUCUGAUAAGACUGGUACUCUCACAACCAACCAGAUGUCAGUUUGCAGGAUGUUUAUACUGGAUAGAGUAGAAGGAGAUAGCUGUUCCCUGCAUGAAUUUACUGCAACAGGUUCAACAUAUGCCCCCAUGGGAGAAGUGUAAGUAUUUAAUUAAUGUUAAAUGUCUUCCAGUUUAUCCAUUGGUUGUACAUGU